AUGUCAAUAUCUAGUCCAUCAACUAGUCAACAACCUCUACCUCUAAUACGAACAGCUUAUUCGGAAGGCAAAGAGAAGAAGAAGCAGCUUCCACGAUGGCGGAAAGUCUUACCCUCUCUGGCUUCGGGAGCCGUGGCCGGAGCUCUGGCCAAGACCACGAUAGCACCGUUAGAUCGGACCAAGAUCAACUUUCAAGGUACGGUAUUUUAUGAAUUUGACUUUUUUAUGACAUUUAAUCUCUCUAACACCCCAAAUUACAGUCUCCAACACCCGACAAUACUCGGUACGAGAAGCAAUACGAUUCGUGAUAUCCACCUACAAACAACACGGCUUCUUGGCCAUGUAUCGAGGCAAUUCGGCCACAAUGGCUCGAGUCGUACCAUAUGCUGCUAUUCAAUUCGCUGCUCAUGAAGAAUAUAAACGACUGUUACGAGUCGAUCGAGAUGGCAAACCAACUCCAGGCCGACGAUAUGUGAGCGGAUCAUUGGCUGCCAUCACCUCGACUACCUUAACAUACCCAUUGGACACGGCCAAAGCCUGUCUCUCGGUUUCGGAUAAGAACACUUACCCCAACUUGAGGUCAGUGUUUAGGAUCGAGUACAAAAAGCAGGGAUUUUGGGUGUUCUACAGAGGAAUUGGACCAACGUUACUUGGGGUAAUACCGUAUGCCGGUAGCAGCUUCUUUACCUAUGAAACAUUGAAGUUGUUUUAUAAAGGUAAGUAAUAGCUUAUUAAGUAUAGACAUGUAGAAGUCAAGGAUGUUGCUAUAAAUUUUUUCUUUUUGACAAAAAAAAUUUUUUUGAAAAAUUAAAAAAACUGGAAAUUUUUUUAAAAGUGAAUGAAAAACACGAAUAGGUAUAAAUAAUCUUGUUUUUUGUAAUUUUAUUAUUUUUUCACUAAAAAAAGUAAAAACCAUAAAAAGCUUUUAAAAAAACUGCACUGUGCAAGUUGUAAACAAAAUUUUGCUAAUAUCUUGAGAAUUUCAAAGUUUCAAAAAAAUUUUGGUAUUACAUUUUAGUAGGCGUACUAUAUAGGCUCAAAAAAUGAGUUUUCAGACUUUUUGCACUUUUGGUUUUAAAGUUAUGACGAAAAAUUGCUGCAACGAUUGCACUGUGCAGAUUUUUUAAAAUUGAGUUUGAUAAAACUUGAAAUAUUGAAAUUUAUAGAAGAGAAAUGGAUUGUUUAUAUUAAAGAGAAUAUCAAAUUUAGUUUAAAAGUGAAUUUUGAAGUACUUUGAAUUAACACUUUUUGAGAUAUAACAAAAAUUUGAAUUUGAAGGUUGCACCGUGCAAACGGUUUUUGGAAUUUUUUAAAAUGCUUUGAAAUUUAAACUUUUUUUGAAAAGUAAGCUAGGACAGGGUAAGAAGGAUUUGAAUUAGUUUCUAAAAAUGAAAUUUGAGGUGUUUUGGAUUGACAGAUUUCGAGGUAUAACAAUAUGUUGAGGUAGAUGUUGCACCGUGCAAUUUUCAAAAGUUUUUUGAAUUUUUUUGAAAUUUAAAAAGGGAAAAGAUGUUUGUUGAUAAUUUUUAAAAAUAGGUAGGAAUUCUUUUAUAUAUAGUUUUCUCAAAUUUAAAAAAAUUUCAGAAAAGUUGAAUUCCAAGCCAGGACCAAUCGUCAGCAUGUUAAUGGGCUCUUUUGCCGGCCUAGUAGGUCAAUCUUCAUCAUACCCACUGGAUAUUGUAAGGCGAAGAAUGCAAACAGGCAGAGUACCAGCUAGCCAAGGCGUGAUACGAACCCUGAUGACAAUAUACAAGGAAGAAGGAAUAGUAAGAGGAUGGUACAAGGGGCUGAGUAUGAACUGGAUUAAAGGCCCUAUAGCUGUUGGUAUCACCUUCACAACGUACGAUCAUGUCGUGGUCCUCUUUCGCCGUCUUUUUCUAUAA